AUGACUACAACAGUGCCUAAGAUAUUUGCAUUUCACGAGUUUGACGACGUGGCAGAAGCGGUAGCUGACCAUAUAGUUUAUUGCCAAAAUUUAGCCUUAAACAAGUACAAUACUUCAAAGACUGGUACCAAUGACGGAGUAUCAAAUGCACCAGAUAGUAAUGAAGGUAACAGUAAUAACACAAGUAAUUUAAAAAAUAACAACCAAAGUAAUAAUGCCAGUCCCAAUACAAGUAAUACUAAUAUUGACAAUAAACCUCAUAAGAGAAAAGUUUCUAUUCACUAUAGUAAUAAAAAUACUAACGAUACAGAGCAUGCUAAUGGUAAACAGAAAAAAGAUUCUGCGAACAAUACUAGAUUUAAAAUUGCUUUGAGUGGUGGUAGUUUGCUUGAGGUAUUGCACAAUGGUCUACUAAAAAGAAAUGAUAUCAAAUGGGAUAAAUGGGAUAUUUAUUUUGCAGAUGAAAGAUUAGUACCAUUUUCUAGCCCUGAAAGUAAUUAUGGUUUGGCUAAACGGAAAAUCUUUGACUUAAUAGACGUUAAGGCAUAUGGUAAACCAAAUGUUUAUCACAUUGAUGAAUCAUUGCUUGAAGACCCUGAAGCUUGUGCUGAUCAGUAUGAACAAACCUUAAUUAAGCAAUUUGCUUCGAAAGAUUCUGUUCGGCUACCGAUGUUUGAUUUAUUUUUAUUAGGUUGUGCUCCAGAUGGUCAUAUUGCUUCAUUAUUCCCAAAUUUCCAAGGUAAUUUAAGAGAAAAACACGCUUGGUGUAUUCCUGUGGUCAAUGCACCUCAUGGACCCAAGAACAGAAUAUCCUUAACUGUUCCAGUAAUCUGUCAUUCUCAUCAAGUGACAUUUGUAGUUGAAGGUGCUGUUAAAGCACCUGUCGUGAAAACCAUUAUGGAGCGACCAGAAAAAGGUUUGCCAAGUAGUAUAGUUAACGAGGGUGCUGCGGGAAGAGUUUCUUGGUUUGUAGAUGAUGAUGCUUUAAACGAUGUUUGUGUUACAAAGAAGAAAUAUAAAUAUAUGGUCCAAUAG